AUGGUAAGUAACAUAAUUUAAAAAAAUAAUUACAUUACAAUUACGAUUGAUAUAAGACGGUUUUAUACGGUUAUUCGUCUUGAAUGUAAAAAAUUUAACAAAAAUUAUACUUCGACACUUAUGGCACAUGUGUUAUUGUUCACAGUCGUCGAAAAAGACGUUCAAAAUCAAGCAGAAGCUUGCCAAAAAGAUGAAACAAAACCGUCCCAUUCCCCAGUGGAUUAGGAUGAGGACUGGUAACACGAUCAGGUAUACAUUUUAUUAUAUUAUUUGUGUAGUUUCGUUUAUUAAUUAAUUAAUAUUUAUUCGGUAAUCUCUUGAGCUUUCCAGUUAGUAGAUUUAAUAAUGGUUAGGUUUUACGGUGCUGAUCAGCUUUUUUCAUAAAUAUGUUUCAUCAUAGUAAACAUUUUAUUUAAUUUACAGUAGGUAGCUAUUUGAUAACUGGACAGCUUAUCUGAAAUAUUGGUCAAAUGAUUUUUCACGAGAACUUUUUUUUAUUUACACAAUUUUUUUUUUUGUAACUGUAUUUUCUUAUAUUAUUUGAAUAUAUAUGAAGAGGUAAUAGGAAAAAAUAUCCCCCCAUUACCCCCUAUCUAAGUGUUGUCCACUAAUUUAUGUUUUGUCUGCAAAUACAUAUCAAGUUAAUUGUUUUCACUACUUGUACCCAUUAUGAUUAUAGUAUUAAAAACGAAAUUUUUCACGCAUAUUUUUAUUAGAAUGUAUAGAAAACAUUCUAUUUACUAAAAAUCCCAAAUAAUUUUGCCCUUGCACAAUACAAAAUAAAAAAAUAAGUAGACAUUCUUCGCACCAUGGAUGGGCCACUAUUGUGGAUAAAAAGUUGGGAAGGUAAGAUAUAGAAAGGAAUGUUAUUUAUAUCUGUAUGCAACGAUUAAUAAUUGCUGAAAAGAAAAAUAUUUUGAGUGGAGUCUGGUCAAUAGUAUUACUUUUUCAACAAUGUGCGUUUUCAUGACUACAAUAAUUAUUUAAAAAUAUUAAAAUAAUACAAACUUAAUAAUCACAAAAAAUAGAUAAAACUGUGCCAUUAACAACCUUAUUUUUAAUCUUUUAUUAUUUUUCUUCAAUGUCUCGAAUAUUGAAGAGGGUUUUAAUAAAUAACCUGUCUUAAAGUACCAACUAGAUCUAAAAUGCAUAAAAAAAUGUCUUGUAAUGUUUUAAUUGAAGCAAGAUUUCUAGGAGAAAUUUUGUACAGUAUAUUAUUCUAAAAAAAGGGUAGAAAGUUAACAUUGUAAAACCAAUAUAUUCCUUGCUUUACUGAGAAUCUAAAAGUAUCUACCCAUGUUUAUAAUCAUAUAUAUAAAUAUAUAUUUAUAUUUUUUAUCUGUGUCAUCUAGAUAACCUAUAAAUCAACACUAAGAGUUAAAUUUUUUGACUAUAUUGCAUUGAAGCUUUUAAAUGUUUGAAUAUUAACUUUAUAUUUCAUAUUUAUGUAACACUAAAUACUAUAGGAGUUAACAUUUUAAAUAUAAUAUAGGAUGAUCAUGGUUCAGAGGAAUUUUAAUUAAAUUUUUAAUAAUUUAUGGAAUCAAUUAUUUUAACACUAUUAUCAAAUUUUUUUUCAACUCCUUAUAUCUUAAAUGAGUAUACACUUCUGAUUUGAGAAUAUUGUUAUUAAGAUUUUGAUUGAUAUCUGUAACAUUACUAUUGAAACUAUACUAUUUAUGAAUUUGAGGGUUAAGGUUUUUGCUUGGACUGUCAAUUUAUGAUUCACCUACCAGUGUAAGUGUCAAAAGAAAUAAACAAGGUUACUAGUAAACUAAAACUUUUCUAAACACUUUUGGAACAUUCACUAAAAUAGUAAACACGUUCAUUAAAAAAAAAAAAGCAUUCAUUACAUGUUCAGUGUUGCCAGAAAAUCAUUAAAAAUCAAAUAUUAUUAAUUAUUAAUAUGGACCUUAUCUUCUAAGACCGUAUUCUGAAAUGAUAACUUAAUAAGAAAAAAAAUUAUGACCGUUAUGACAAUACUAAAUAUUCUGUCCAUUAUAUUCACUACCGUUUACUAUAAAUUUAUUUAUCUUUGGUCAUUUUUCAGUUUUUCUAAAUUAUUUUAAAAAUCAAAAAUUACCUUUCUUAUGCAUCAACUAGAUAAAAUUUCCUUUUAGAAAAUGUGCUUCGCUUACUAGGUACAUCAGAGUAAGUUUUAUUUUCAAAAAGUUAUCUAUAUACAGAAAAACAUGUAUAUUUGGUCUAGAGCGUUGGGGAGGUUACUUUUUGAUUUUCUUAAUAGAAAAACUGGACAUUGUAUAAUUUUUUUUUCUGGGCCAACUUGAAAACAAGGUAUAAAGAUUAAGGAAAAUGCUUUGCUUAGAAUCAUUUUUCUUAGUAAUGAUUUAUCAUAGUUUACAGAUAUUAAAUUACUUUUCACAUACCCCUUCCAAAUAGUGGCAUAUAUCCUCCAUUAGCAGUUUUAGCUUUUUUAAUUGUUAUAUUCUGGAAUAUCUACAUUGUAUUGAAAUUGAUUGAUAUUAUUUAUGAAUGUGUAUUGCUGUUAUUGUAUUUUGAAUAUUUAAUUUAAUUAAAUGAUUUAUAAUCAAAUUAUUAUUAUUAUUUCAGAUAUAACGCCAAGAGGCGUCAUUGGAGAAGAACUAAGCUCAAGUUGUAAGCUCUGAUACAGUUUCCCUAUUUCCGUGUGUAUAAUGACUAUUCAGAAGAAUACUUAUGUACAAUGUUUGAUAUACAAUAAAAUUUCAACAAAAAAUAUAGUUUGUUUUUUUUUUAAGUGAAUCCAAUAUCACUAUUAUUCAAUAUUUAUUUUGGUUGAUUAUAUGAUACGCUAAGUGAGCACAGAAUUUGUUUCUUAAAUUAAUGAUUUAAACAAUUAAACUUUUUUAUAGUAUAUUUUGAUAUUUAAAUAUUUACUGUAGUAUUGUAAUAAUUUUAAGAAAGAACUAUUAUAUUUUUAUAUAGUUUUGAUUUGAUUAAUAUCAAUAUACUUGUAGGUAUAAACGGUUUUCCCGAAGAUUAAUAAUCGAUGAAAUAAUAUACGUAUACCAAGAUACGAAAGUACUGAUUCUAAUCUCGGAACUCGGACCUAAAAUUGUUAAUAUUAUUUCAGUUGUGUUAUAUAUAUUUACCGUCUCUCGUAUGUACUUACAUGUCUGUCGUAAUUCUUGUUUAUGUUUUACAGACUUUAUUUUUUUCAAAACAUCGACAGAUAAAUCGUCAUUAUCCAGACAUCUUUGUAAUUAUGCCAGAAUUUGGGGAGAAUAUUUUAUACUAGGCUUUCAUAAUUUAAAAUGUAUUAUUUUAGUUAAAUGUUCAAUAAAUUGAAUUCAAUAAUUUUAAAUAAAUGUCAUUUACUAAUUUUUGAGUGUAAUAUAUAUAUUUUUUUAAUAUAUUAAAUCCGUACUCUAGUAAUGACUUUACAAAACAAUAUAUCAAUUAAUAAUUACUCGAAAAAAAAUAAAAAUAAUUUUCAAUAUUUCAAGCAGUGUUACACGCCAGUAAAAAUUUCACUACAAUAUAAGUUACAAUUUCUUCAGUUUUCUCAAAUUUAUUAUCAUCAAAGUUUAAUCAAGUUCAUCAAGACUUGACAUGGAAGUCAUGGUCUAAAUCACUAUGCAAAAUGAUUUAUAUUUUUUUAUUUUAUUAGAAACAAAUCAAUAUUUUAAAUGUGUAAUCAAUAAAUAUAAUCAACAAUUGAAGACUUGAAAUCAAUAACGUGCUAUGUGCUAAUUGAUUUUUGCCAAUUUUGAUCAGUUGUUUCCAUUACAAUCUCACUAGCGGUCUCCUAAUCAUAGCACUUGAAUUAUUCUGUUAGACUUUGUACACACUAUUAUGGUCGUGGCUCUCUUUAUAGGUUGUUGGCGAUUUUUAUAGCUAAGUUUUUCAGGUCUCAUUGAAUAUUUUUUUUUUUGGCAGUUAACACACUAUUGAUUUCAAGACUUCAAGUUUUCAAUUGUUGGACAUUAAAUUUAAUGUUUCUAUUGAUUUAUUAUUUAGUAAAAAUCAUGAUUAUAAUAUUUGGUUGCAAUAAUAUUUUAGUAAAUUUUAAAAUAAAGUGUUUGUACAAUAAAAUCUUUCAAUAUUUCAUGAAAUUUCUUAUUCCUACAUACAAUUAUUUUAAUUGAAAACUAAUUUACUGUUUUGUUUAAUAAUAUAUUAAGUUUUCUAAAAAAUUACUGUUUAAUAUUAAUAAUAAAUUAUAUAUUUUUAGAACUAUUUUCAGUUUCAGAAUUAGUAAUUAUGUGUUUAAACUAUGGAUGUUAGCAUUGAAUUAAGUUUUGAAUCAAAAAGUUUUAAUACUUCAAACAACUAUUAUUGAAUAGGUCGACAAUUUUUUAAAUCUAAAACCAUUUGUAAAAGGUUGAUUAAAGAGGAUACUGUUUGAUGUUAUAGUGUACACUUGGUUCAUAUCUGUUUUAAAUUUGUUUAAAACAUUUACUUAAUUUAAAUAUAUACCUAUAUAUACUUAAUUUUAAAAAAAUGUAAAUCAUUAAAAAUUAAUUUAGAAUAUUUCUAAAAAAUUUUCCAGUAAUUAUCAUACAUAAUUAACUUAUACCCUAAUAUAAUCUAAGACCGUGCUUACACCUGUGUGAUUCAAUUUGUUCAUAUUAUUGUCUGCUAUUUAAUAAAUGUUAUGUUUAUCCCUGGGGAUGCUCUGUUAAGCUAUAAGACUGAAUCUAAAUUUAAACAUGCAAUAUUAAAUUGAAUGUUUUUACUUAUUAUUUUUAUAAUUUGAUAACAGUAUUUAUGAAAAUAUUUUCUAAAAAAAUAUUUUACUAGUUAUAAUAUUUUUAUCUAAUGGACUGAAUUUACAAUUACAGUAUUUAAUAUUUAAUCCUGAAUCGUAUAAUGUAUUGGAUGGAUGUCCAUUCACUGUAACUAAUAAACACAGGCAUCUAUAAUAGGUACUUAUCUUUUAUGGUUAAUACUUGAUUAAAGUCAUUGGUCUUGAAAAGUUGAGCAAUCUGUGAUGUUCUUAAGAUUUUGAAUUAAUUUUUUUUAUUCAAGUAAGUAUUACAUCUCCAAGCUAACAACCUGAACACUUAAAUGUUUUUUGACGUUGGUUCCAAGUUGGUUUUCCUACAGUCAUUAAUUUUAAAUUAAAAUUAUUAGGUAUCUGUAGGCUUUCAUAGGUAUCUAUGUAAUAUAUAUUAUAACGUAAGUACUUAAAUAAAUAGAAAACUAUUGAACUAUUUUAAUUUUAUAGAGUAGAUACAGUAUAGGUAAUCAGGUAGGUACCUAAUAAAGUUAACAGGUUUAUUUUACAUACAAAAGUCAAAAAGUACUAUUCCCCAAUGUAAAAUAUUAAGUAGGUAAUAGAAUGAUAGAAAAAUAAAUUUUUAAAUGAGAAUUUUUUUCAAUUAAAAAGGAAUUGCAUUCUUAAUUUUAAUUCAGUAAGACACAUUUGUGCCGUUAGUUUUAAUAUUAAGCUAUUAGUGUGAAUUGAACAAUCAUCAAACUUAAAGGUAAAAAUAAGACAUUUUUUGAUACCUAUUUUAAUUUGUAUGAGAUAUAUAUGUAAGUAGCAGGUAGGUACUUACCUAUGUGGAUAUUAAGUAUCUAUCACAAUUUAAAAAUGCUUACCCAUACCGCACUUAAAAAUUAAAAAAACACCUAUUUAUAUAGUUACAUAGGUUUUUAAUUCCUUACCUUUAAGUCAAGUAAUAGUUUUGAUAUUAGAGUGAAUUAAAUUAACGGAAAAUUCACUAUAAAAAAAUAGUAGUACGUCCAUAGAAUUUAUAUCAGAUAUGUUAAGAUUAUGUCAUAUGUUUGUAAAACGAAGACAACAUGUACAGAAUGGUUAACAUCUUAUUCUCUUAUUCUUAUUCUUAUCUCUUAAUUAAAAGUCUAUUUACAUAUUACUUAUUAGUUAUUAAACUUACAUUCACUUUUCCAUUGCAGACUUUAUAAACCAAAUCUUUAGUUUCCUUAAAAUAUGUGAAAUAUAUAUAUUUUAAAAUUAUUUUGAUGGUUUUUUUUUUUUUUUGUAAACGUAUAAUUAUUAAUGAUCAUUUUGGAAAUUAACACUACGUGAGAAAAUAACUUUGUAAUUCCAAAAGAAACGUUAAGGGAGUUACUUCAAUUGCCAGAUCUUAGGGUUAGUAUUAUAAUACCUAUUAUUAGGAAAUUAUUAUCAUCAGUCUGGGAGCCCAAUAGCCAAUUGAAAUGCACUGAUAGGUAUAUGCAAUUUUUAUUAAGUACUUACAAUUUAUUAUUUAAUACUUAAUAGGUAAUCAUUUUAUUAGUCACCAACGUUACCAAACGUCGUUAUCGAACCUAAAUUAUAAAUAAACUAUGGAAUUUAUCAUGACGCAAAAAUGUAUAUUGGUAAUUAUUUUAUAUUAUGUAUGAGUAUUUAGUGUUAUUUAUUUUUUUAAUAUAAUAUUUAUAAUGUGUUAACUGCUCACAUUUAAAAGUUCACAUGUAAAUACAUAUACAUUAACCAAAUUCAAUGAAUCAAUAUUAUUAGGUAAGUAGGUACCUAAGUAAAUAAAAUUGAACGGAAAAAUCGUCUGCCAACGAAAUCCGGAUUCGGUUCACGAGAAAGAAAAAGAUUCCGCCGGUUCUGGCAAAAAUACCGGUUCCUAUUUUAAAUUUUGGUUCCAAGUACAAGUGAUAUAAUCACAAAUCAUAACAAUCGUAGGUAUUUGAAUCUUUAUAUUUAUUUUCGCCCACACAAUAGUGAUACAUCGAAAAGGGGCUGAAUAAUGGUAACUACAUACAUUAUGAAGUUUCGCAUUUCUACACGGAGUUUCUCGCAUUCUCAUCUAUAGUAUUUGGGGAACGAGUCGAAUUUGUUUCAGGACAUUUUGUUUGCGCCAUAUAGACAGAAACUGUAUUUAACCAGUUGUACCCGUCCAUCUUGAAACGCUGAGAACACCUAUCCAUGUCUUUAUUAUCUUUGGUUUUCGCCCGCACACUCGUAUCAUGGUUAGCCCAAAUUUUAAAUCCGUGGUUCGGUAGCCAAUCUGGCCCUAGCGCGACGCCAACGGUCACGUGCAACUCGUUUAUUGGUUUGAUGAGGGCACCGUUGUCCAAUUAGAUCGCCGAUGUCGCGGAUGAAGCUCUGAAGAUCCGUAGCUCCGGGGCUCACUUUUCACUCUUUUUAGUUUCCGCUCGGCUUCGUUUACGAGUGUUUCGCGCGUACUCGUCGUAAAACAGCACAAGUGCCUUCGACAAUAUUAUCGUAUAGUGCGCGGUCGUGGUGUCGUUCGUUAAGACUGAAAAUCAGCGGUUUUUGAGUCGAAUAUUCAAAUUAUACAUUCAGUAACAUUUGUGACUGGUGAGUACUAGGAACUAUUACUUCAAAAAAACGGGAACGCUUUCUUUUUUUUUCUAAUUUGUCUAAUCUUCAAUGGAAUAUAGUGUUUAAUGCUAAAAAAUGAAAUAUAAAUUCACAGUAUGAAGUAAAUGCAGACUUGUAGGUUUUAUAGUCGGCCGUGAUGCAUAGCUAGGUAUUUUUUUUUCUCAACUGCACUUUAUUCCACGAUUUAAUAAAAAAAAAAAAAAAUAAAAAAUACUUAUUUUCAAUAGUGAUUCUAUCUGAUUUUUUAAAAAAUAAACCGGCAUAAAUGUAGUUUAGCACCAUUUAUUUGUUUUUUGAUUUUUUUUUUUUUUUUAAUGUAUGUUUCAAGGCAAAGAAUUAAAAAAUAUUUGCGAAAAUUGUUGCCCGUUUUUAGAAUUUAUCAGAAAUUUUAAGACUGUACGUAUGUACUUUUAAUAAUAUUAUUACGCAUUUAAAUAUUUUAUACAGAAUACGCGGAACUUUACACCUGCGACUCAUACGUAAAUAGAAUUUCUGCCAUUAUCAUUUGUCGUUUUUUCCUCUGCCUUGUUACGUUACCUACCCGACGCGGUUUUGAAUAACAAAUCGGCGUUUUUGAAGUCGGACUUCGUAUUAAGUUAAUAUUUUGAGGAUUUGGAUUAAAUUAUUUUUAAGUAUUAGACAAAUUUUAAUAAAAAAUGUUAGUGUUUAGAAGGUACCUACCUAGGUAUAUUAUAUUUUUAAAUUUACCUUGUUUUAUUUGUAAAAAUUUAAAAAUUUAAAGAUUUAAAAUCGUUUGUUUCUCUGUUUAUCUGGUUUAUUUAGUUGGUACCUACUUAAGAGAGGUUAUUUUUUGAUUUUCCAACCGGUUUUUAUAAUAAUUGGGAAAAACGGGACAAUUAGCGUACAUGUUUGUUAGAAACUUCGCUCCAAAUCGUUACUGUUUAUUUACAUUUAUACUGUAUAAUGUGUACAGUGUUAAUUAGUACGCUUAUAUGAUGGCGUUAAAACUGUUUGAAAUGAAACCCUUUAAAAAAUGUAUUAAAACAGUUUAACUUAAUAUCUAUUAGGUACACCCGUUUAUAUCCAUAAUAUUAAAUCAAUUUAGUGAACAUUUUGUAAACCGAUUAAAAUUUAAUUGUUUCCUACAUGACUUGAAUUUUGUUAUUCUUUGUUCUUAGAGAUAAUAAUAUUUGUCUGAUAAUAUUGAUAAUAUCUGUGAUUGUAAUAUUAAAUCAUGUUUGUGAACUUAUUUUAAUUUUCGGAUAGUAUUAUAGUUUAAUUAAUAGAUUAUUUAUUUACGUUUAUUACAAAACACAUUAUCAUUUUUUGGAUUUAUUACGUUAUCGAGAUUAAAAUAAUGCGUAAUGUUUAGAUCAUAUACAAUGAAUGGAGUCAUCGAAUAUUAGUAUAUCACACCUAUAGAAUUAGUUGAAGUCAACCAAUAGUAGGAUAUGUGACAUCUGCGAUCUGCGGAUGCGCGAUUGUUUAGAAACCGCGCAUAUCACUGAGUUCUUAACUAUUUUGUUGGCAUCACAAAUUGUUCGAAUGAUUCCAUAAAUUGUGAAUGGUCUAAGGCGUAAUGCUAUAAGCCCGUAAUAAUAAUAAUAUCGAUCUACUAAAUCCACCGAUAAGUGUUAAAUGACCGAGUUAUGUAAUUUAAUUGUUAAUUAUAAUUACUGAUUAUAAUAUGUAGAAUGUAGUAGAAAACGAUACUAGCUCAUCUGGAACUACUCAUGAUGCAUUACAUGGUAUGACAGCAACAGAGUUCUGCGCAUGGUGUCUACGUCAUUUGGUCCGUCGCCUAUUAUCACAAUACGUUGUUAUCACUAAUUUAAUAAAUAUUAAUUAAUUUCAUAUAUUUGAAACAUGUUAGAAGAUGGUUCUGUGUUCUUGAUCUAAUUUUGGAAAAGUUUAAAUUACCCUAUGAGUUAUAUUUAGUAGUAGUUAUUAUUAACCUACUCUAUGGAAAUAUACUUUGUGAAAUAAUUAGUGUUGCGUGAUGAAAAAUCACUCUGUUUAUGUAUACAAUAUGCACAUAUUAUACAUACUUAUAUAUACGAAAAUAGUCUUAUUUUAAUAAAUUAUAAUAUUGCCGUCUUUUUUUCGAUUUUGAAUAUAAUUUGGACACAGUGACCUCAUGUUUCAUAGCAUAGUUGAUAAAAUAUUGUUUAUACACUCAGUAGGAUCUCAUUUUCGUUGAAAUUGCUAUCAUACCACGUUAAUUACAUCAUGGAACUAGUGGUCAGUAGACCGCGCCCAGAGGAAAUAUUACAUAGACAUAAUAUGAUAAGCAAAAAGCUUAUCCGGGCUCGGGAAGAAAAAAAAAAUAUAUAUUUCUUGUUUUUUUUCACGAGCCGUAACUAAAAUUUUAAACCGUGUUAAUGACUGUUAAUUGUUACCAAUAGUUGAUAUUUUGACAUUUUGUUGAACAGUUUACAGUAGAAUAAUUAGAUAUACACAGUUAUUGUACAUUUGUAUUUUUACGAUCAGAAUAGAGCAUUUGGGCAUUUGAUAGUUAACAAAGCUGUACACAACGUUAAGCAGUUCUAUUGUAUAAACGGGAUAGCUGGUAAUUUUACAUCGAUAUUUCAUUACGUAAAAAUGAAAAUAAACGCAUACCUAUGGACAAUAUUUACCAGUGAAGUAUAAAUAGUAUUAUGUGGUAAAUUCGUGACAGAUACCAACUACCUGGUAUUUUAUCGACGUUUCUGUGUAGGUAUACCUGUUCCUGUAAGUGUUGUUUUGAUUGGAUAAAUUUGUAUUUGGAAUAAAAUAAAUACAAGUCUUAACAUUAACGAAUUUACCCAUACGUGAACGAACUGUGCGCAUAUUUCCACCGGUGUGAAACGUAUCGAGAAAUAAUGUGAUAUUAUAUAGGUAACACAUAAUAUUAUACGUGUAUGUACUUGAUUGGUUUUACUAUCGGCAAUUCGUGGUGUAGAUACUCGCCCGUAUUCAUCGGGUCGAUGCCCAGUUGCAGUGCCACAAUUCUCGGAAUAGAUAAAUGCGCCCACAGUAAAAGCGGAUUGCGCACUGGGCGAUUCGAAACGCGCGUGUUUAAUAUCGAACGUCUCUUAGCGUUUCGUAACUAUAAUUAAACGAUCAUUUUCCAAUGUGUUUUCAAUGCAUUGCCGUUUUUGAUUGAUAACACUCUGGCGAUUCGGACGCCGCAAUCGCCCCGCGUUUUAUUUUCGUUCGUUCAUGAUAUAUGCGCCUUCGACCUUGUACGAUUUCCGUACGAACUGUGUCCAUUUAUAAUUAUAAAUAUGUUUGACACUGAAGAGUUUAUUCUCGAGGUGUCGAAUGAUGGACCAUUUUUUCGGUCUUUUCGGAUUAAACGGAUGAACCCAACGUCACCAAUUUCACUUAUUAUUGUUUUUUUGAUUUUUCUUCAUAUUUCUCGUGUACCGCGAACAUAACACAUGCGGCUGCCAUAUCGUUUAAGCUUAACGUGUGAGCAAAGCGCGUUUGCGUUUUAAAAUCGCGGCAUUUUACACGCGCAUUCGAAUCGCUCAGUGUGUAAUCAGCUCACUGCGCGAACAUACUAUAUUACUAUAGAAUAACGGUCGUAAUGUUCAUAUUAAUACUAUUGCAAAUAAUUUUUUUUUUUAGUUUUAUACCCCACUCCCCCCGAUUCCCGCCCCUCCUUCUGUUUUUGACACGGUCCCCGUGCGGGGCGGUUAAGGUUGAACGCUUUCAUACUUUUAUUAUAAAGAAGUUAACACAUUUUUAAUUGUAGGAAUAUUUUUUUCAUUUAAAAUAAUGAUUUUAUAACAUUAAGUAUUAGCCUUUUAGGUAUCUUUUACUAAUUUUUAAUUUAAUGUUUUUUCUUGGAAUACCUCACAAAAACUAACGUAAUUUAUAUUAUUGUGUUGAUAAUGCGGACUAUGCAAUAUCGCCGAAUCAAUUAUAAUUUUCUAAAAGCAGGAAAAUUAUAAAAAAUUAUAAAUCACAAUAAUAACAACAAUAUGUACCUACUAUCUAAUAAUGAAAUAAAAAUAAAACCAAAAUUGUAUUUAUCUUCCUCAGUGACAGAAACUACUUAUGAGACUCCACUUUCAUCAUAAUUUUAAUGAAAUUUCGGGGAGGGGGUUGAACCCCCUAAAACCUCCACUUGUACAUGCGUCUGUAUUGAAGAUAUACGAUUAUAGUUUAAUAUUUCAUUUAUUGAUUUCAAUUACUUUGUUAAAUAAAAUCAAUUAUUUUGCCAUUAAUUAUUGUAAAUAUAUUCACAUAGGUUAUAUAAGUUAGCAUACAACUAUUAAUUAAACAUUUUUAUAUUUUAUUAUGUUUUAGAUUUGGCAUGGUUAUUAAUAAGUCCAAACUGCAGUUACAAACAAGGUUAGUGGAUAAAUUAUACUCAACAGCUACUAGCUAG